UCUGGGCUUCUCGCGGCGCCUCUCGCUGGGCUCCGCGCUCGUCGCUGCCUGGAGGCUCCCGGGGAGCUGUCGCAGCCUCGCGCCGGGCGUUGCGACCGUUGACAGCCGCUGACAGCCCGCCCGCCGGCUCGCGGGGAGUAUGCCCGGCCGCGCCGCGCAACAGGAGGCGGCGGCGGCAGCGGCGGCAGCGGCGGCGGGAGGACCCGAGCCCACUGCAGCCGGCGGGAGUGCGGGGGCCGCCGCGCAACGGGAGCAGCGGGGCCUAGCGGGCGCUUUCCCCCUGGUGCUGAAGAAGCUCAUGGAGAACCCGCCGCGAGAGGCGCGCCUGGAUAAAGAGAAGGAGAAGAUAAAGCUUGAAGAAGAUGAGGCAGCAGCUGCCAGCACUAUGGCAGUCUCGGCUUCCCUUAUGCCACCCAUUUGGGACAAAACUAUUCCUUAUGAUGGCGAGUCUUUCCACCUGGAGUACAUGGAUCUGGAUGAGUUCCUGCUGGAGAAUGGAAUUCCUUCCAGCCCUACUCACCUGGAUUUGAACCAGAAUCCACUCUUGCCUGUGGCUGAGCUGGAAGGAAAGGAGUCUGCCAGUGCUUCCACUGGUUCUCCUGCAUCAUCCUCUUCCACUGCAGUUUACCAGCAGUCUGAAGCAGCCUCCAGCACAGAGUCCCCACCACAAAAUGAGAGAAAUACUCCCAGCCCCAUUGAUCCUGACUGCGUAGAAGUUGAGGUGAAUUUUAACCCUGACCCUGCCGAUUUAGUGCUGUCCAGUGUGCCUGGUGGUGAGCUCUUCAAUCCUCGCAAGCACAAGUUUACUGAAGAGGACCUGAAGCCACAACCAAUGAUUAAAAAAGCCAAGAAGGUUUUUGUCCCAGAUGAGCAAAAGGAUGAAAAAUACUGGACAAGGCGAAAGAAGAACAACGUGGCAGCAAAGCGUUCCCGUGAUGCUCGGCGAUUAAAGGAGAAUCAGAUCACCAUCCGGGCAGCCUUUCUGGAGAAAGAGAACACGGCCCUGAGGACGGAGGUUGCAGAGCUGCGCAAGGAAGUGGGACGGUGCAAGAACAUUGUUUCUAAAUACGAGACCAGAUACGGACCCUUGUAAGCACAUCCCUUUUCCUUGUUAAGGCUCCUUGGUUUAGCCUCUCUAGGCUUCUCUGCCUUCCUUAGGGACUCCCAGAAAUAAAGUUUGUGGAGGCUUUGUCAUUUAGCAUCUACGUUUAAAAAAAACUCUUUAACAACCCUGUUUCUUUUGGCAAACUUGUUCAGGCCCUUUCCUGAUAAUUAUGUUGCCCAAAAUCUUAGUUUCCAUAUCUACAACUUUAACACUUCUAGAGCAUUUUCUGAUGUCACACAAUAGGGCAGGUUCACCUGUCUGGAGGAAUAGAUCUGGAUUCCUCCUGACUGGACAGGGCUCUUGCUAUCUGUUCUAAUCUCCAGUUUAAGUGGAGAAAGAGCCUAGAAGUCUACAUUUUUCUUUUUUAAACUUACGGUCUUUUCUCCUUCUCCACCCUGCCCACCCCUCCCAGUCAAACUGUAAAACUUAAGAUACAGGUAGAUGUUGCUGGGCGGCAUCAUUGAAAUUACUUCUUCUCCCAUUCAGAGGCAGUAGAAAGUACCUGAUGGGUAGAAAUCUGUUCCCGUUGAAGAGGAAUAGGGGAACCUUUGGGACAGAAAGACAGGAAAAUAUUCAAUCUCUUGUAAAACCAGGUAUCUCAAGGUUAAUGCACAAGUGUUAUGCAGACAAGAGCCAGCGCAGUGUUGAUUAAAUUAUUGCUCAAACAUUUUGGUAGGUUCUAAUCUUGGAUAACUUCAGAAACCAAGGAGAGAGAAUAAUAGAGGAUCUCUCUCUUUACAGAUCUGGACAAAAUAAUUUGCUGUGGAUUUUAAGGUGUAUUUCCACCACCACCGCUCUUUUUUUUCUUGGAGGGACUUUCUUUUAGAACUGCUCCUGAAGCAGCAUGUUAUAAUUAAUUGAGAAAUAAGGGAGAUUUAGAAAAAGUCUGGUGGAAUUGCCAGUACCUUACACUUUAGAAGAAAGAAUGGGGUUUUUUUGUGAGUUGUUUUUUUGGUUUUGUUUUUGGUUUUGUUUUAAGAAGCAAACAACCCACUGUUAUUUUUACUGCACGUUACCUGUUGUACAAGAGGUUGAGAAAGAGUUGUGAUCCUUUGCCUCGUGAACACUCAAUGGAACAAACUACAGUCACUCUAGACAAGAACCAUUUACCUCACUGUCUCUUGUGUAGCAGCAUAUCUGGUCUCUCUCCAGCUUGCUUCCUGUUUUACAAAAAUUAGCACACAAGACUUGCCCUCUUGAAAGUAACCUAUUCUUGACACCAAGCACUGCUUCAACAGUAUGUGGUCUUAAAAGAGAAAAAUACGUUGUGUGUGUUGUUGGGACCUUUUACAUGACCUACAGCUGCAAGAACCAGAAGCUUUAACAGAGUGUAUGUCUAGAAGUCAUCUUAGUAAGAGAAGCUAUCUUAAGAUAGUGGCUGUGUCAGAACUUACAGGCUACAUUUCUGGUCUAGUAUUUGUAUUAGGGAUUAAAUGUGGGAUGGAUGCUAUGUAGACUAGUUUCCAGUUCCCCUAUUGAAAUCUGAGACUCAUUAAAAAUAAUUAGGAAUGUUUUUCUAUACAAAAGACUUUUUGCCUAGCUUGCCUUUUAAACAUAAUGUGGAAAUUGGUAGGGUUUAGACCAAUUGUGUGUUGACUUCUUAAGGAAGUGCAGAAGGAGGCUAAUCCAGAACUCAAAGUAAAUGUAUGCUCUGAACUGUCUCCCCCUCUGUUAUGCUCUUAAUUUGAGUAGAGUGGCUCUUGAUGCAGUGUUUGUCUAAUUUCUUUGAAACAUACUUAAAAUUGUCACCCUUUCAGCUGGGGUUUUUCUUACCCAGGGUGGUGUGUGGUGGUGAUGGUGGGAAGUAUGUUAUAAAUAAAUUGUCACACUUAACACUUUGCUUUGUUUAAAGUGACUUAUCUGAUUCCGAGUGAUGCAACUUUAAAGACUUUUAAAAACAAAGAAACUAAAAAGCACACAUGAAUCGCCAGUCUUCAGAGCGAGCAGUGAAAGCUAUGAGGUGUCCCAACACAAACAACAGACGAUGACCCUGCCUGCCUGCUUGCCUGCAAGUACCCCAUCUGAACUACCCAGGGCUGGGCAUGACGAAAAGUGCAAAGUCUCCUUAAUUCUGUAUAUGGCUUUCUUAUCUGUCUUUCUCACUGUAACUACGAACUACAAUAAGCUUACUUACUGGGGUUUUGUCAAGACACUCCAAAGUUCAUGUCUCAAAGUCUGUUGACAGCCUAUGUGAAUAGUGACUCUUUGUUUUGGCACUUGAGUGGAAGAAAAUAGGGAGUUUUAGAUUACAAUGUCUGUAUAUACUAAGAACUGCUAUAUUUUAAGACUUUCUUCCCUGCAGUAGAACGAAUUCUGUUUAAUACUGCAGCUCACUUCUUGGUACAGUGUAGCAUCUUGUUGUGUACUGUGAGUACAGAAUUAAAGACACCAGGAAAACAGCAGUCUAUGAUGUGUGAGUCUCCCAGUGUGGAAAAGUACAGUGGAUGUAUCGAAACAAUCCAGAAAGCACCACAGUCUGCCAUACAAAGAGUAGUAACAGACCUCUAUCAAAUGACCCAUGUAAUAGUAAAACACUUUGAUUGCUUUCCUGCUCCACAACUGCAUUGAUAUAACCUGCCUUUUCUUUUGUUUCUUUUAUGAGGCUCACUUUCUUUUAUGGUAUUUUGCUGAAACAAGAUCUCUUCUUCUGUUAACUAUUUAGCAGUCAUGGAAAAGGUGCUAGUCUGAGCUACUGAUCCCCAUGUCUUUUGGCAGUUUGAAACUACCAAAUGAGUUUUAGCUCCAGCAAAACAAUGGCUAAUAGCUGUCAUAUUACAGUUUUCUGUCACUUGACUACAUGAGAAGUGUGGUGGCAGAAGAAUCCUUUGUUCAUUUUUAUAAAGCAGAAGCAGCCAAUUAUUUCCUGCAGUUAACAACUGUGAGCAUAAAUAUCAAGACCCCUGUGCUGGUGUAGGAGAGUACAUGAAAGCCUGGACAGAUUGCAGGGAUGUUGAUUCUGUGUAGAAGGUGGAGGAAGUAGGUAGAAGUUCCUUUAUAAGAGUUUCAUCAACAUAACAAGAAUCUAUGCUUACACUGAGGAAGCUUAAGAGCUAAACUUAUGUGGGAAGAAAGUACUUAAUUUCUGGGAAAGUAAUAACAGGGCCAUGCUUGUAGCCAAAAUGGUGCUUGUAAGACAGGAGUGUGUUCAUGACUGGACAUUGAUAACCAGCAUACACCUCAAGAAAAAUCUUGAAAGCUUCUAGAAGCACAAGUGCCAAAAUUGUGAGGCACAACUCGUUACCAGCAAAGCGCAACACCAUACAUAACAUUGACAGAAUAAUUAAAUUCUGCAUUUACCCAAGAGAUUCAACCCCUAAUUUCAGAGCAGUAAGGCGAAGAGAAAAUGUUGUAAACUUCAUUUAAAAUAAUAAUAAAAAUCUCAAAACCCAGAACACAACCAGUUUUUAGACAGCAUAACCUCUGUAAAGAGCAUUAAAUGCACUUACUGACCUAUAAUUUUUAAUGGACCAGGUUCUGAAGUGAAGGAAGUGCUUUUAACUUUUUUGCUGGUUACAAAAGCAUAUGUAUGAGUGUACUAUUAAAAUUUAGGAUUCCAAAGCUCUGAGAUAAUCUUGGGGUAUUCCCUUCAAAUAGGUGAAUAGUUUAGUUCCCUGUUGCUGAGAUGACAGCAUGUAUCUCUUUGUGUCCUGUACUGGGGAUUUGGGCUGAUACUUUUUGUGUGUAGUGUGCUUUGUUGUUUUAUUUUGGUUUUAAAGGCCAAACCAUGGAUUUAAAAACAAACAAUCCUGACAGCAUGUAAAUGUAGCAACUCUUUUUGCAUUUUUUAUUUUUAAAUUUUCAGUUAGCUUUGAAUGGCUGUUCUUGAAAGUCAUGCUUCUUGUUUAAAUGACAAAGCUAAAGGGUACUGUAACUGGGUAAGGAGUUGCUAGUCCUUUACGUAGGGCUUGCUGUCUUAGGAAUAGCUUUUAAGUACUACAUAUUGUAUACAGAUUUGGUUUUGCAGUAUGUCAUGCUACUUUACAGCAAAAUAUUCAGUCAGUGAGAAUAGUGUGUGCAAUAAUAUUAUCUUUUUCUCUUGUAUUAAAAGCUCACAGAAUGGAAACUAACAGUGAAUGUUCAUUAGAUCUUUCUUUCAGAGAAGACUGUUAGCAAAUUCUUGUGCUUCCCUGUAGGACAGUGCAAAUUUGCACAUUCUGUGACUUGUGUGUCUAAGGGUUGCAAAACUGGAAAAUCGCACUUUAGGGUGAGUGCAGCUUAACUUUUUUAGUUGGAGAAAUUUUUUGUUAAGAAGCAACAUCUUCAAAGAUAGGCGAGAAAGUAGUAACUAUUUAAAGGAGUGUAGGUAUUGCCAGACAAAAAAAUUGUAUGUAGUGCUGAACUGCUUUCUCAGUUUUUGCAGUCUCAGGAAAUUAAGCUUACUGCUUCAAAGCUCUCUGCUCCUCUCGGAAUGAGUAAGGAUUUAAUCUUGUUUCUCUGACUAGGAUGACAGUCCUAUCAGAAGUGAUAACGUAGGUAUGGUUUCAUAGUGAUCAUAAGAAUACCAACACUCUUUUAGUUCAGUUUGAGCAUUAGAAAAUGCUGAAUUGACAUCGUGUGAGUCUGAAGUUCUCUGACCUUGGAACAUGCUCUGUAAGAGGCCAUAAGUGUGCCCCUGAUGCUAGUGUACCCCAUGCAAGCCAUAAAGGGACCAUCUCCAAGGGGAGACAGUAAAGGGAGUGCACAUUUCAGCAGCACUGCAGGGAUUGACAGUAAAAGGAGCAGUAUUUGACACAGCUGUACAUUCAUUAGGAAGUGGAUUGACACCAAAUGGCCAUUUCACAGUACUAACUUUGAAAAUGUGUAAGCUUUUGAUGAGAUUUGUGGGCAAUGAGUGUUGUCUUGCACAGAAGAAACAGACUAUGAAUACAGGAUGUGCUACAUUUAAUACAGUAUUGCUUUCAUAGAUGGUUUUCUAAUCUACACGUUAUUGUAACUUAUAAUGCGGGUUUGUAUUUAAAAAUUCCCUAGAAGCUUAAUCUUUCACCUGUUGCCAAGAUCUUCUCCCACUGAAGCCAGUAACAAGGAUCUCUAACUCCCACAGGAAAGUGUCUUUAAUCUCACGUGGUCAUUGCAAAGUUUUAGAAAACAUGAGGCUCAUGGGUGUCUGUGCUUUACUUUGGAGCAUUCUGUACGGGAAUCGGGUGGAUAUAGUGCAGAUUGCAGGUGUAAUGUUAGUAAGCUGGUCCUGUCACUUGAUCAUUUACACAGUUAGUGAUGGUUUUGGUAUUCAUAUAAUCUGGAUUCUGCCUUUUUUUUUUCUUUUGCCCUGCAUGUACAGGGUGAAAAAGUAGUGCACUAUAAACCUGUGCUGGGAGAAGAAAUGUUUGAUUGUUGUUUAAAAAAAAAGUUAAAUAUGGCUUUUUGCAGUUCUUCUAGUAACUUUUUAUGUCUUUUCAGACAAUUCUCCAUUGCCCUGCUGGGUUGUUUGAAAGCCCAAGUAUUCUAGCUGCAGAAAUCACUUUCAGCAUUAUCUGUAGGACUGCCACUAAUUGUACCAAAUUCGUUUCAAGUUGGGAGGUGCAGUGGAAGGCCAGAAGCUUUGGGAAUACUAUAAUAAAACCACUUCUAUAGAAAAAUAUUUUUUGUGUAGACAGCAGAAAUAAAUGGGCUUGCACAGAAGAGAAUAUUGCUGCUUCAACCUUGUAAGCCUCCUCAGCAUAACAAGGUUUUUGUUCCUUCUGAUCAGAUGCUUUUGUUUUUAGUGAGAGCAGAGGUAUCUCAGACCUUUGUAAAAUCCAGAUAGGUUUUUGUUGACCCUUAUGGUUUUAGCUGCUAAGCACAAAAUAAAUGCAAAUUUGUCUUAGUUAUUAAGUCUCAUGUUUUGGGCAACCUUAUAAAUCCAAAACCAAAAAGAUCAUUUAUAUGAUUUCACCAUACCAUGCUAGUGUUUGGCCUUCGCAGCACUGAAAGACAUAAGCUGACUUUCAGGUAAUUGCUCUGAUCUGUGUAUCUGCCACUGUAACAUGGUGAAGAUAAACUUGCAAUGAAGGGCUGCAAGAAAGGCAGAAGGAGUAGGUUUAACUUCUGUGGAGAUGUUAUCAUAAUGCUAUAGAGAAAUUAAAAUUAUUUAAUCCAUUAUAACCCAGAGUAUUCAUACAGAAUGUACAUUGUUAGUUUGAUAGUAUGCUGUCCCCUAGUCAGUCAGUUUUGGAAUGUAAGCUUCUUAAAUUUCAAGCAGUUGCAGAGGGAAAUGUAUCUUUUGAGGAAGCGAUAUGUGUAGUUAGUUAGGUACAGGUGCUUGGCAAAAAGAGUGAAGAAUGAAAGCAGCAAGAGAAGAACUGUGCAAGAGUCAGACCUGAGCGAGACUGCUAGAACUGAAGCCUCACUGCUAACAAUUUUGGGUUGAUUUGGGUCCCUGCAGUUUAGCAUCAUACAGAAAAUAUGUAUUUGUUUAGGUUUUGGGAAUAUCUCUUUCUUGAUCUCAUUUCCACAGUCUAGAAGAAAGUGAAAGCAAGUUACAGAUAGGCAGGAGAGUUACUGCAGAAAGGCAUGAGAAAAUAGCUGUUGAUAUAGCUAAGUGCACUGGUGCAAUGGGACUUGACAUGCUGAUGUGAACUGAUAGUGCUGUGUUGUGAGGAAGUUACUAUCUAAGGCCCCAAUAUUUUCAGGCCUCAAUUCUGCUGUCAUUUCUGCAUGGGAUGAGCUCUGCAUCCAUAAAGAACCAGGUGGACUUCACAGGAUCUCUUCUUGACUGUGAAGCUCUGCCCAGACAGUCAGCUGUGGAAUUGUAUCCUUAACAGUCCAUCAGCUGUAGUUAUAUUAAGGCUGUUGAUAUUAAGUGUAAUUUGGGUGCCUGUUACAUAGCCAAAACCCUUGUUACUUAGUUGUCCCAACUAAGGCAUGAGCAGAAGACCUUUGCUGUACAACAUCUGUAAAAAAAAAAAAAAAAAAAAGAAAAAAAAAGUAAAAAAAAAAAGUACUUCACAUAUGUCUAGUAAAUUAAGGCAUGUGAUUUCAGUCUGUGGGUCUCAACAAACUUUGCUUGUGUACCUGCCUGAAUGUUUUAUUAGAUCUGCAGCUGUGUCUCGGUGAGAAGGGAUGGCAAAUUGUUUUCCUGAGGGGGCACAGUAGGAGCUCUCAUCUGUCAUGUUGCAGGUGACCGCUUGCUACUGGCCAGAAUCACAGGUGGAUGCAUUCUCUGCACUUUUAUGUGAAGUUGUCUGAAAUAUGGUGAUUAACAUGAUUAUUGGAAUACUGUAUUUUGUAUAACUUAGAAAAUGUAAAUACACUUUUAAAAACUAAUCUGUUCUAUGAAGUAAUAAAUAAGUGCUUCCAUUGUAAUAUCUGAAUAUUGUUAAUGCUUCAUGUAGCUUGAUUUGGGAUUAUUUUUUUCCUAGAGAACUACGGAAAACAAAACAAAGAUUGAUGUUGUGGAAUUAUAGUCUAGUUGUGAUGCUUUCUAUCAAUGAAAAAUGUUUUAAAAAUAAUAAUUAGCUACCUAAGCAGAGAAACAGAGAAUGUGAGGGAAUUGAUUCUCUUCAGUAUUUCUUUUAACAGUAGUCACUGGUGACAUUUAUAAUUGUAUUCUUCCCAUGCCAUUAGCUGGACAGUUGAUUUGUUGGUUUUGAGUAGCAUUUGGAAAGCAGCAAUGUUUAAAUGAUUCAUAAAGCUUAGUGACUGAGGGAAAUCGAAGGUGUUUUUUAACUGUUCUCUCCUUUGGCUCAAACAGAUCUGUCUCCAACCUUCAGCCAGACUGCAGCAGGUUGCAAUGAAACAGUGGGUGACUGAAACUCAUUUGUAACCUGGAUAGUUUGCAUCUUUAUUAGUUCUGUUAGGUAUAUAGAUGACACAGGUAUCCUGUUGUGAUGUGGAGAGAAAAAAAGUGAUUAAUGACUUGGGGCUUUGCUGAGUACAUGUUCACUGGAUGCUGCACAGCUGGAACUUUCAUCAGCUUUCAUGAACUUUUCUAUCUCAUGUUAAAAGAAAAAAACAAACAGUGGUGUGAGAAUCAUGAACAGUCUGCUAGGAAAUACGAACACUUUGCUUUUGAGAAGGAGGUGAGAUUGAUCCAUCAGCCUUCAUCUAAAGAGAUUAGCUUGUGACGACUCUUUCCCCAGCCAUAAUAUAACUUCUUUAUCUUGAAUGCUGUACUGGAGCAAUCUCCUCUGGUGACAGCUGCAUCUACAGUAUUCCAUAAAUGGCAAAGCCAGAGCAUCUUUUGUAGUGGGCAGAGAUGGUGACAUUUCCUUAUUUUUUUUUCCCCCCUUCCUUUUUUUCCUCCCAUCUCAGUGUCUCUGGGCUGCAAAAGAGCUACAAAACAGCUGUGCAAGUUACUCAGAAAACUCAGUUCCCUUAAAACUUUUUCAGAGUUUUUAACUUAAACAGUUUGAGGGAACUCCUAGCUGCUAUACUUGGCCUGAAGUUCUGUUGCCUAUUGGAUAAAAAUUUUGGUGGUUUUGUUUGUUGGAUUUUUUUGGCCUCAGAUGUGACACUAAUCUGUCCCAUUCAUUCAGUGGGAUGGAUGAUAAAUCUGUAUUUAUACAAGAUAUAAAUCUACUCUUAGUUUUACUGCAUGUUAAGAUGUAGACAUCCAAGAAAUUAAACUUCUUGAAGCUGCAAACAUAGCUGCUAUUUGAAGCAGUCCAUAAAGUGCAUUUGAAAUCAUCCUGAGAGAUUCUAUAGAAAUUAAAGAGAUAAAAUUGUGAAGUGGCUGGGUUAAACUAUAUUGCCAUAAAUAGUUUUAAUUUAUAUAUUAAUCUUUUGUCCCAAACUGCUUAUUUUGUACAUAAACCUACACAGUCCUGGCAGCUGGUGGGUGAAAAUAAAGGUGCUUAAACAGCAAUCUAAUGAGGAAAGGGCAUUUCAUUGUUGCGGAGUUGGUAUUAUUUUGUAUUUCCAUUUAUUACACUUUUUUAAAUGUAUAAACCAUAGAUUUGAAUUCUCAAAGUCUUCAGCUUGGAUUUUGUGAGUAGUUUAAACCCUCUCACCUCUCUGCUCGUAACUGGUUUUUAAGAAAAAGAAAAGCUUUUGUUUAAAAUGUAAAAUUUUGACUGUAUUGAAUUAUGUUAGUACCCUUCCUUUUUAAGAAAUAAAACGUAUAUUCCACUA